AUGGCUCAUAAUCAAAAUCCGUUUCUCCUUGCCGCCGACAACAGCCCUGAGCUGCUACCCCUCCUUCGCGACAACCCCGCGCUGGCCUCUGCUCAAGAUGAGCAUGGCUACUCUCUUGUCCACGCCGCCGCCAGCUACAACCACCUCGACCUGCUCCGAGCUCUGGUGCACGAGUUCCACGUCAACAUCAAUAUCGUGGACGAGGAUAACGAAACUGCCCUCUUCGUCGUCGAGACGGUGGGCGCUGCGAGAGUUCUAGUGGAGGAAUUGUCCGCAGACGUCCGUCACAGGAGCUCAGAAGGAUUGACGGCAGCCGGAAAAAUCGAAGCUGAGGGUGACUUUCCGGCCGUCGCAGCCUAUCUCACAGGACUCGGAUCCUCGACCAUCGAGGCUGGCGAGCCGGUGGCCACCACCGCUGUUCCUGACAUCAUGAACCCUCCGCCGAUUGAGGGCAUGGAUUUCACCCUGGGUACCCUGGAUCAGACGGUAGAUAUUCCUACCGAAGUCGAUCCAGAGUUUCGCCGACGCAUUGAGGAGCUCGCCCAGAGAGACGACUUCAACACCCCGCAGGGGCAAUCUGAUCUGCGCAAGCUGGUUGAGGACGCCCUGAUGGACCAAGGCCUGGGCGAGGAGCGCAAUGUUCGUUCCAAGCGCGCUUGA